AUGCUGCGCCUGAGCCAUGCGCGCCGCUGCGACCUCUACCACGCCUUGGGCGUGCGCCCGAGCGCAUCGCAGAACGAGCUCCGGGAGGCGUACCUGCGGCGCGCCAAGCAGUACCAUCCGGAUGUGUCCGGGUCCAGCUGCGCAAGCUUCCAGCGGGUGCAGCACGCGUGGGAGACCCUCCGGGAUCCCACACGCCGGAAGGUCUACGACAACGGCUUGCCGAGGAGCGCAGGCGUGGCACGCCAGCCCAGCCCGGCUGGCCAUCGGAACGGUUAUGCCGGUUACGCCGGCGCAGGCGCCGGGCAUCGCCACUGGUAUGAGGACCUGAAGGCCGCCCACGAAGCCCGCAGCAAGGAGGCCUCCGGAAGGCGUGGUCCCAAGGAUCCCGGCGCCGGCUUUCAGUCGCACGAGAGGCUGCGCAUGCAAGCGCAGCAGUUCGAGAAGGUCAUGCGCGAGGUGAGAUCCAAUCCGGAUAUGAACCAGUUUGUGGGCGCUGGACUGCAGAUGAAGCUCCUGUGCCAGCUCGGCUUCAUCCUGGCUGCGAUGCUCAAUCUUCUUCUCUGGGCUUUCGCAAAGCAGCAGAAGUCUCGGACUGGUCGCAACCGGCCCCCUUCCGAGCUGGAUCGGGUGCUGCGGUCUCUGGGCAUCGUUCUCUGCUGA